UCCAUAAAUGACAUUUUCCUCUGUGCAGUGGUGGGUUGUUGAAAGAGCUUUCAAUGACACCUUCACACUUUUCAACCAUCUUCUCCACUCUCUCAUCAUAAUCCUCUUCUUCCUUCCCCAUAGCUAAAAUCCUCCCUUUUAAACUUCAGAAAGAAAGAGAUCGACCCUUUUCUUUAACCAACGACAAUAAAAACAACCCCCAUAGACCCAAACUCAUGAGUGACCGAUUCCGCAUUUUGUUUGAAUAUUGAGUUUUCUUUGUCUCCAUAACUUGGUACUUUUUGAACACGAGCCGUAUGUGCUCUUUUCUUCGUACCUAUAAAUACCAACUCAGACUUGUAUCUUCUUUACACUUAUCCUGUUAUUCUCUCCUUCUUCACUGACUUUAUAUUAGUUUCAGUUUCUAAUACUACGAAAUGGCAACUACUCAAGAUCAGAUCCCUAAUGGAAAUCACCAAUCAAAUGGAUCCGUUGUUGUCAAUGUUAAAGAUUCAGAAAUUCAGCAAAAUCAUCAACUUGAUCAUUCUAAUUCUCAAACUGAUUUCAAAGAAUCUUCAAACUCUGUUCUUUGUGUUCCUUUCUUACAAAAGAUGCUUGCAGAAGUAUUUGGAACAUAUUUUCUAAUAUUUGCGGGUUGUGGAUCAGUAGUAGUGAAUCUUAGCAAUGACAAAGUAGUAACACUUCCCGGUAUAUCCAUAGUUUGGGGUUUGGUUGUGAUGGUCAUGGUUUACUCCGUGGGUCAUAUUUCCGGUGCUCAUUUCAAUCCGGCCGUUACUAUUGCCUUUGCUACCGUUCGGAGAUUCCCAUGGAAACAGGUACCAGCAUAUAUAUUUUGUCAGGUCCUGGGAUCAACAUUAGCAAGCGGAACCUUAAAACUGGUAUUUGGAGGAGGGAAACAUGAGCUUUUCUGCGGCACCUUACCUGCUGGAUCAGACCUUCAAGCUGUGGUUCUUGAAUUUAUCAUCACCUUUUAUCUCAUGUUUGUGAUAUCUGGUGUAGCCACUGAUAACCGUGCAAUUGGAGAACUUGCCGGCCUUGCAGUAGGUGCAACAGUGUUGCUAAACGUGCUUUUUGCCGGGCCGAUUACGGGGGCGUCAAUGAACCCAGCACGAACAAUGGGACCAGCUAUAGUUUACGGACAGUACAAAUCGGUUUGGGUUUACAUGGUUGCACCUACAGUUGGAGCAAUAUGUGGUGCUUGGGCAUACAAUAUAAUUCGCUUCACAAACAAGCCAUUACGGGAGAUUACUAGAAGUGGUUCGUUCCUUAAAAGCGUUAGAAAAUGACAUCGUCAACCACCGAUGAUAUAUACGUAAUGUAACAACUCUCUACAUGUUUAGAAGGGUUUGGGUGGUUCCUUUUACUUGUUCAUUUUUGUUUCUUCUUAGCUUAUGAGUGGAUGUAAUAAUCAUCAUUUGUCUUCAGCUUUUAAAGUGCUCUUUUGGUUUGGUGUUCUUGUAUGUAAUCCUUUCCUGUGUUCAUAGGAUUGCCUUAAAUGGUUAAAGAAAUAGUUUAUCUAGUUAACUGUCUUUUU